ACCCUUUUUGAAGCCCUAUACGGGGUUUAUUCUUUUUGUAAAUUUUAACUUUUAUUUUUUGUUUUUACUUAUGCUUCCGAUUGUUAUUUUCCCACAAGUUACCGCCUCGCUGCAUGAGAUGCAAUAAAUUUCUUCAUAAAAUACGUUCAUCUUCCCAUGGACGUUUCUUCAUACAAAAUCCCCAAUUAAUCUUUCAGUGAAAUAAUUACCAGUAAAGUCAACAUCAAACCAAUGGGAUUCAUUGAGAGUUUGUACAGCAAACGCCUACCAAAAAAUCUUUCACAUCCAAUUGGACAUCAUCUCUUUCGAUGCUGACAGAUUUUUUCUUCAGAGAGGGCUCAUAAGACACAUAAAGAGACGUCUUUGUCGGGAUGUUUAGCAUUUGCAUAGAAUCAGUGAUCAUGUGAGGAUCGGUGAUCUUCUCAGUGGAUUUCGUGUCUCGAGUGAUCUUCUGUGAGGAACUAUGUUUCCGCCAAAUUCCCUUUUAUCCCACAAAUCUGAAUCAAGUGAAAAUUUUGUGUCAUCUUCGAGUUCUGGGAAUUUUAUCCAAUCUACCGAUAGGAAUUUGAGAUUUUUCUACCCGUCUUGUGGCCAGAAUUCUGAUAAGAUCAACCUUCUGAACUACUAUAGUGUCUUCAAUACUUUGAACUACAACUGGAGCAAUUUAGCUGAUCGGAAUUAUCUGCUAUCAGCAUUCAAUGGAAGUUCUCAGUAUGAUAAAAAUUCUGUGGAUUGUGAAAGAAGUGCAUUUCCUGGUGAAAGUGUCCAGAACAGUGAAGAUAUCUUGAAAUAUAUCCCAAACUCUGAACCAAUGUUCAAUUACGAAUUUGAAGUGCCAGAAAUCAACUACCAAAGAUCAUCAAAUCCUUUGUACAACGAAUCCAUAAAAUCCUUCAGUCAACCUGCGAAUGAACGAGCUCCAACUCCAGAAUUCUGGAUCACUGAAGAUCAAUCCAUAAACGAGGAGAAUUUAUCAAACGAUGAUGCUAACAUCGAGGAAACCACAAACAACUCAAUUACAGAAAAACUCGAUUCAAAGAUCGACAGUUGCAGAAAGACCAAAGAAAUUAGCAGACCUCCAGCAAAUCGGAAGGAGAGGACAGCAUUUACCAAAUCCCAAGUCAGAGAAUUGGAGGCAGAAUUCAACUAUUCCAACUAUUUGACUAGAUUGAGACGAUACGAAAUUGCUGUGGCUCUUGAUCUCACCGAAAGACAGGUCAAAGUUUGGUUCCAGAAUCGUCGCAUGAAAUGGAAGAGAGUCAAAAAUGCAUCGAAAGACGCCCCAAAUCCUUGCAGGACAACAGAAAAGGAUGAACAAGCAAAGUAGAGCAGCAUAAAAUCAUUUAUUGUAAAAAUAUAUCUUACACCUAUUUAUUUUUAAACAUUUUUCUUAUUCUUUUUUGCCAC